CUUCUUACAAAGAUGAGAAGGUGAAGUGGUUGGCUGGGGCAUAGCUUUGUGUCAGUUUGUGUGUGUAUGUGUGUUAAUGCAUGGAAGCGUUGGUGUUGGAGACGGUGAAUGUUAGACCGUCAAUAGAGUCCAUUGCCCUCUUCAUGAUAUGUCUUGACAGCUGUGUACUUGCUCUGCCUGUACCACUUCAGUGCCUAGGUAUUCGUUGGGGGAAGAGUCGAUUGACAUUCAUUUAUCCUGCUUCACUGAGAAUCUCAUUACCAUCCACAUUCGACGUGCCGUUGUCCAUGUUCUUGCAACCAAUGUAUUCAUUUUGUAUCGUCACAAGCCGGGGGAUCGUACCAGGCAGCCGUUGCGCGCCAUGUCACGUAACCUCGUCCUCAAGGAGAUAGAUAGUAGACAGUAGAAGACCCCAUGUAAAAGCCCAGGAUGAACACCGCUCCAUGCUCCCCCAUACACCGCUCCAUCUUUCUCCUCUCCAAGCCCAAAAGUGAUACCGCUUAACGGUAAGACUUCUGGUACCUGGCGCGCGCACCUGGACCACCGAACUUCUUGGGCUCGCACCGCCUGUUGUCGGCAACGAGCAGUGUGCGGUCGUACUGAAUCAGGGCCUG